AUGAAAGCAUCAUUUUGUAAAAUUAUUUUUUGGUUUGUGAUUACUCUUCUUCAUUCUGAAGCUUAAAAUUGCUCCAAAUUACUUUAAAAAUUAGUAACUCCAAAAGCCUAUUAAGGAUAUCAAUGCGUUUUCGAUUCAAAUACAUCACUUUCCUCUGAAUUUAUUGUCACUUAAGUUGACAGAUAUGACCACUUUUUUUACAACUAAAGUCUUUAACAAUAAGAAUGUAAUUCAAACUUCUUAAUAAAUCCGAAUAAUUUAGACAGAAGUUAAAAUGAUGCUCGUAUCAUAUUUUAUGGAAAGCAGCCUAUUUCAUAUUUUUAAAUUACCUAUGGCUAAUUUUAUUAUUAACAUCCAGGUGUUAACUUUUAGUUCUCAAUUUAGGCUUUUGAUUUACCAAACUAUUAUCUAAGUGAGUUAGGAAAACCAGCUAGCUCACUAAAUGAACAAUAAUAUUGCAAUAUUAACAAUUUUUUUAGAACUACUUAGUAUUAUUUUGUUAAUUUGAAUAAUGUUACUAGUUAAUUCUGUAUUCAAACAUAUUUAUCUCCUGGUAAUGCCUAAAACAAAAUGGGUGAUAUAGAGAUAUUAGUUUAUUUUUAAUGUCCAAUUGGUUGUUUGACAUGUGAUAAUUCUGGUAAGUGCUCUUCUUGCAUUUAAAAUUAUAAUUUGGAUUAGAAACAAAAAUACUGUUUCUUGACUUGUAGUCUCAAUAAAUUUGCUUAAGUUGAUUAAAAUUCUACUGAAUAGGUCUGUUAGUUAUGCGAUCCCUCUUGUAGUACUUGUAGUGGAACUUCUACAAGUUGUACUUCCUGCUCAAAUAAUUAUUACACAUUGAAAACUUUGCCUUCAGACACUAAUUUUUAAUGCUAUUCGACAUGCCCAGAUGGCUACUAUUAAUUUUCAUAAGAUUGUCUGAAAUGCGAUGAUUCUUGCAGUACUUGUACAGGCAACUCUUUGAGUUGUACUGCAUGUUCAAAUAGUUAUUACCCCUAUAAAGCUUCUCCUUCAGCAACUAACUUUUAAUGCUACUAAAUAUGCCCUAAUGGAUCUUACUUUCUACAAAACUAAUGUCUAUAAUGUGAUGCUUCUUGCAGUAUUUGUACUGGUUCUUCUACAAACUGUACUACUUGUUCAAGCACUUACUAUCCACUUAAAGAUUCACCCACUGCAACAAAUUUUUAAUGCUACUAAACAUGUCCAAAUGGUUAUUAUUUUUACUUUUAAUAAUGUUUAAAAUGUGAUGCAUCUUGCUACACUUGCAGUGACAGCUCUUUAAGUUGUACUGUAUGCGCAAAUAAUUAUUACCCACUUAAAACUACACCUUCAGCAACUAACUUUUAAUGUUAUUUAACAUGUCCCGAUGGUUAUUUCCUACUACAAUAAUAAUGUUAAAAAUGA